GAUAUCGGCAGCAGGAGGUGACGUCAGCAAGCCGCUUUCCCUCUCGUUGACUCAAUAACAAGAAAGAAAGUGACCUGAGAGAAAUGCUUUGUCUUGUGCCACAUCGCUCAGUUUCGACACGACUUCAACAGCGCCGGUGUAAAUUAGUAGUGUAGCCAAUGCGACCUCGGUUCUUCGGUCUGCUGUACAGAUGUCUUUGUCUUCUCGCCAGUGAAGUUUAACGGGAAAUCUGUUUAAGUCGUUUGCGCGAGGAUUUCUGUUCCGAAAAGGAUCUUAUGACUCUUCUUUUGAUUAUUACACGUAAACAUGUUCGUUUUUUGGAGGAGCAGCGGUAAUAUGAGUGAGUUGGUGGGUCCGGAGUAUCAGGGUUGCGUGGACGGAUCUCUGAUGGACGGGUUCAGUGUUUUUAUUCAGGGUUUGUUGGCGGUUCUGGCUUUCAGCACUUUAAUGUUGAAAAGGUUUCGUGAACCCGUCGGAAUAAGAAGACCAUGGAGGAUCUGGUUCUUUGAUACGUCAAAGCAGGCCAUUGGGGCUCUUUUCAUGCAUUUUGCCAACAUUUUCUUGUCCACACUCACCAAUGAAGAUCCCUGUUCUCUAUAUCUGUUGAACUUCCUGUUGGAUGCCACGUUGGGAAUGCUGGUGAUCUGGGUCGGGGUGAAGGUUGUUUCCAAGAUCGUGGAACAUAAACAGCUAACACUGCUGAUGUUUGGAGAAUAUGGUGAUCCUCCUCGGAUAGCGGCCUGGUUGGCUCAGUGCUCAGUGUAUUUACUCCUUGUUGCCCUGGAGAAAACUGUGGUCACUCUGGUGCUGCUCAUUCCCGGGUGGACCAAUCUGGAGGAGGUGGUGCUGGACUACAUCCCAAACCCACAGCUGGAGUUGGCUAUCGUCAUGCUGAUUGUGCCUUUCAUUGUAAACUCUAUAAUGUUCUGGGUGGUGGACAGUUUAACAAUGCGGAAAUAUAAGAAAAGUACAUCUCUGGAGGGCUCACGUGACUGUCCUAAGCAAGUAGAGGUGUUGCCAAAUGACAGCAAUGACGAAGCUGAGGUGCUGCUAAAGGAAGAUGAAGAUGAUGCUACAGUGUGUUCUGAACAGGAAGAACACGUCUCAACAGAAGAAGUGUUAAUACGAGUCUGUAUGGAAGUUUAAAACAAACGUAUGCUUGUCAGAAUUUUAUUUGUUCCUAAACCUAGUGAGCUGCCUUGAUGUUUACUUCAUACAUAGGCAGAUACCUUCCAAAUUGAAAUGGAAACUCGUAUGUGACUCUCUAGUUAGACUUAAACUUAGCGCAACUCAGAACUUUUCACGUUAAGUACACACUGAAGAUGGGACUCAGUUGAUACCAAUAGAGUUUGGCGUUAGCAUGUUGCUAAGCUAACAACACAAUACCAUAGACAGUAAAAACAUCUAAGUAUGGCUGCUGUCAUCUUGCGAAAAUGACGUAAUUUGGAGACAGAGUCUGCGCAGUAGUGAUCAAGAAGUGGAGAAAGUCCCACCCGAUAUCAAAGUCCCACCCAAACUCCCGCAGACCUAAUCGCACUUUUGUAGCAUCAAAUAAUUAACUGAAAGCAAACUUAUUUAAAAAAAAAAACACUUGAACAUACAUUAAGAGUGAUAAGAACUACCCAAAAAGAUGGAAACCAUCUUUGGGAAAAAAUAAUUUUAUUAUCUAUUUUAUUAAAUGUAUUAAUUCGAUAAGUUAGUUCUGCUCACAUCCCAUUCGUUUACAUGGAGAGGGCGGGGUUUAUGACCUAUUCUGCAGCCAGCCUCCAGAUGGCGAUCAAGAUGUUUUGGCUUCACUUUUUCAGGUCAUGUGCGGCACGCUUGCACAAUACUCAAUACUUCACACAGUACUAAGUAUGUAAAAUUGCCAGUGUUUAGUUAGAUUGAUAGAUACUUUUUAGCAUUAAAUGAAAUAUGUUUAUCAUCAACAUUUCGUUUAUGAAAUUUCUAUGGUAGUAUCGAUUGGAACAGCCUUCUUGUUGUGCCAAUGAUGCUUUAAAUAGAGCUUUUCAUGGGAGUACACUUGGGAGAGUAGAUUUACAACUGAUUCCAAUUGAGGGGUGUUUACACAACAUAAUUUCAACUAAAAACGGAAAACUUUUUAUGCAUUUUGGCCGUUAAUUUAUACGAUAAUGGUCUGAAAACCCAAACUUUUGAAAACGGGUUUAAAAAAGUGCACGUUUUUGAAAACCGUUAUCGUCUCCGUGCAAACUACAAAAACGCAAAUUUGUGAAAACGGUGAUGUCGUACGUAUUAUAGGUUAACAGUGUUUCUACAACAAAGUGACAUUGCCAACUACUGGCCUGGCAUACAUAAUACUGCGUUUUUAGUUGUUUUUGCGGAUCCGUGUGAACGGGGAUCAUUUUGACAACGUUGUCAUCUGUACACGAAAAACGCAAAAGCUAACAACACAAUAGGUAAACAAAUUCCUUUGUCAACAUUUCUCUCAGAUCAUCCGCCAUCUUAAAAUAGAAUUUAAAAAAGUAAGUAAAUAAAAUUCAUCGCAGUGAUUUCUGGAAUUGCCUUGUAUGCUGCCAAGUAUUUUAGUAUUCAGUUAUGUUUUGGCUAACAUUAAGAUACGUUCCCAGAACAUUCUGAUAGCAGUUGUUAGAGGGACAAUGCUGUCUAGGUAGGCAGCUCUCUUGAUUCUCAGCUGGGAAGUUUUAACAUUUUAAGCAGACACAUGCAGUUUGACAUGCUAUACUUCAUGUAAAACGGCAUUUUGCUGAUACUCUUAUAAUUGUUAUGCACGCAGCUUAUAUUAAAUGUGAGCUCAUUUUAAUUGAGAUACUACAUGGAAUAUUUGUGCUUUUAAAAAUUCAUAUCAGGCUUUUAGAAUUAGUGAAUCAAAAUUGUGAUAUAAAAUGGUCCCCAUUUGACAAGUUACAGCAUCUAAGUUAUAUAUUUUACUUUAUGCAUUUAUAUAAACGGUAACACUUUACAAUAAGGUUCAUUAGUUAACAUUAGUUAACAACAUUGGUAAACAUUGUCUCUGUACAUUGGUAAACAUGUCUACAACAUUUAUUAAUCUUAGUUAAUGUUAAUUUCAGCAUUUACUAAUGCAUUAUUAAAAUCACAAGUUGUGUUUGUUAACAUUAGAUAAUGCACUGUGAACUAACAUGAACAAACAAUGAACAACUGUAUUUUCAUUAACUAACAUUAAAAAAGAUGAAUAAAUAGUGUAAUAAACGCAUUGUUCAUUGUUUGUUCAUGUUAGUUAAUACAUUAACUAAUGUUAAUAAAUGACACCUUAUUGUAAAGUGUUACCAUAUAAACUUCAACCUAUAUAUAACCUAAGAGCAACAGUUUUCUGAAAUACUUUAUAUUACAUUGUAGGAUGUUUGUAUAUAUGUUUGUAUGUUAAUGUAUAAGCAGACAAGAUAAUUAUGAGCAUACGAGUUAUUAAAGGGAAACAUUAUCCUCCUUCCACAUCCUUUAGAGUUCAUACUUCUAAGAAGUUAAUUAAAAGAAGAGAAAUGGAGAGAGAUGAGAGAGGAGGCCUAGUGUUUUUCCUGAUUACAGACAUUCAGACUUUUAAUUUGUAGUCUAAACAAGUCAUGUCACUACCUGCGAUGAACACCUCACUGUAAAUACACUACGACCAUGUUUCCAGCUCUGAUGCAUGCGAGAAUAUUUCAUAUCUGAAAGAUGCGCUCAAGAAACAAGUUUUAUGUAAGACGAUUUGUAAAUAUUCAGUAUUAAGUGAAAGACCAGAUUAUCUUCGUUUAAAUAUUGUAGUGUUGUUUUUUAUGAUUGUUUUUGUAUUUUUACACAUCAUGCACUAGUUCUGAAUUACAAUUUCAUAUAACUGAUGUAUAAAAUGCACAACAUGAUGUAAAGUAACUGUAAACUUUGUAAUUUCAGCUGUUAAAUUAUAUUGAUUUCUUCAAAAUUGUAGCAAUGUCAACAUGCACAUGCAAUUUCUUCAACAUGAGGAAACAUCUUGUUGUAAAAUGUUGACUUAAUGCCUUAUUUGUAUGAAAACUAAUAAAACUACGGUUUGAGUGACUUAAA